GAACGGAGGGAGACAGAGCAAGCGAGGUGAAUGCAAGGGCUGAGGAGGCCAAAUCAGCGGCAGCUUAGCACUUGUGACUCAUCCGUUCCGACCUAUCAGAGUCGGCUCUGUCGCUUGCUGGAUCCUCUUUACCAGGCUCGUUUUGUUUGCAAUCGGGGCGUUCCUCAGUCGUAGAAAGAGCGGCGAGCUGUAGGCUGUCUUGUUCGACGACAAGGCGCAUCGACGCAGUGCGCAAUUGAUACUAUGUCAACGGGUCUCCAGGGAGUGCAGGUGGUGCGUGUAUUUUUUUUCCUCGUCGAGCUGCGUGGCCGCCUUUCCAGUCUGCCAAUUCAGAACUGACUGCUACUUCCAAUCAAUAACCCGUUCGCCACGUGGCCUUCUUUUUCCCGAUCUUUCUUUUCUUAUCCUUCCUGGCGUCUUUGCCGUCCACGUGUCGGGUUCUCCCCCAUGGUGGGUUGAUCUUGGGUUGAUCUUCUUCUAUCACAGCAGUGAAAAGAGUAUCAAUUUUUUCCGGUAGUCUCUGUGAUCGCGGCAGCUCGAACGAAGCCAUGCGCUUACUUGCACAGUUAGCACCUUUCUCUCCUUCCCCCGACUUGUUCCUCUCUCUCGACUUGCUGUAGGUGAGUGGCAAAUCCUUCAUUCUCUCUCUGUGACUAUCAAUCCAAUUCAUCGAUUGAUUGAUCAAUCCAAUUCAUCGAUUGAUUGAUCAAUUCAAUUCAUCGAUUGAUUGAUCAAUCCACCACGCGAUUGGUCAAUCAAUCAAAUCAACCACUGAUCGAUCGAAAAUCCGACCUUGGGAUGAUCUGACAGCGUGCCACGUGGCACGCCCGCUAGCCCUCUCUCUCGUUGUUUCAGACCCAAAGAGAAUUGAGGCUAUUCAUCUUCAUACCACGUGGCUGGCGGCUUUCAAGACCCCUCAGCCUCCCCCCCUUCCCCCCCAACUUCCCUUCCCGAUAUCUGGUACACAUUCAUAGCCUUGUGGUAGCGUGAUGUCGACUUACCCUCCGGUAGGAGGAGGACUGCCUCCUCCUCCCGAUGCUGCCGCUGCUUUUCGCCAUAUCCAUCCUCUCUCCUUCGAUCUCCCUUCUUCUACGAUGAUAUCUGGUGGCUCUCAUGAGCCCGAACCGUCGGCUCCACCUCCUCCCCCUCCUUCUGCUCCUCCUCCUGCUCCCCCUCCUGCUGAUGAUGCUUCUGUUGCAGCGUGGGCUCUUCCUCGGUCCGAUUCCAAUACGAGCAAAUGCCCGUCCUCCUACACUAAGUGCCCUCUUGGAUCGUCUCGAUGUAAUCAUCCUUCAUCUCCACCCCCAAUGCCACGCUGGCACUCUCCUCGAGAGAUCUACCCCGCCGCUAACCCUGAUUCAGCUUCAGCUCCCCUCCCCCCUCCCUCUCCUCCUCCUCCUCCUCCGGCUGCUGCUGCUGCUGCUGGCAGUGCUGUUCCCAUCCCGGCACUUGCUCGAUCGCGAUUGGCCGCCGAUGGGGCAAUGCAUGGAGCAGGUAGUUUUUCGGAAACCCCGCCACUGGGAGACUAUAGAGAGCUGCCACGUGGAGACUACAGAGAGCUGCCACGUGGAGACUACAGAGAGUUACCACGUGGAGACUACGGAGAGUUACCACGUGGCGGCCGCGCCGCUUGUCCCUGCGGCAGUGACUACCCAUCGAUGGGAGGACCACCGUCCCAUACUCCUUAUCCUCCUCCUUAUCCUCCUGCUCCUCCUCCUAACGUUCCAGAUGUUGGCAAUUCAUACCCGUUCCCGCCUUCAGGUCCUGCUUUCCCGCCAUUUUGCUGUCACACUAAUCCAUCAGCUUAUCCGUACAACCCUUGGUCAAGUAUGCGCGGCUGUGGAUGUGCCUCGUGCUCUGGCCACGUGGCGAUGAAUACGUGCAGUCCUCCUCCUCCUCCCUAUCCUUACCACUCUUACUACCCCUACGCCUAUCCUCCACCACCUCCUCCUCCUCCUCCUCCCCCUCCUGCGGUCUCUCUACCUCCUUAUCUUAAUUCGCAGAUGCCUCACUGGUGGUGCAGAGACUGCUGGUAUUCUGCUCCCGAUCAAUCGCAUCGCGAAACAUCGUCCGAACCUUCGCUGCCUCUUCAUGUGUCACAUCAUGUGGACAGCUCAGUUUCUCAGCAGCAUCUGCCAGGUCGAUCUCCUCCACCGCCCCAGGUGCAUUCGCCUCCUCCUCCUCCCACUUCUUCUCCUCCUCCUUUUCAUCCUUCUUCCCUCCCUCCUCACGGUUCUUAUCAUUACCCCCCCCCCUCCCAUCUUCCUUGGUAUCACCAACACCCCUAUCACCACCCUUGGCAUCUUGAAUUCGUCCGCGAUCCUAGACACUAUUACCAUCUUCCCAACUGCCGACCAUCUCCUUCUCCUCCUCCUCACGACAGCGAUCCCGCUCUUUCUCGUCAGCAGCAAAUGCCGCCUCCGCACGACUACGCGCACGCUGCUCACGUGGACAGCCAGGCCGAUCGACCGUCUGACAGGAGAAGCAUCAGCAACCCUCCCGCUGCUGCCACGUGUGGCAAUCCUGCAAAUGCACCGGCCAAUCCAGGAAUGUUGGGAACGGGAGGGGGUGUUGUGGUGGACGGGGGAGCGAUGAGGGGGCUGGAAGGGGGGGGAUGUGUUGGGGGGGGAGGGGGAGGAGAAGGAGGAGGAGCAGGGGGGGAGCAAAGUCUUCCGUACGAUCGGAAUGGCGGGAGAGUCGUGGGGGGGGGGGGGGGGGGGUUGGGUGGGAGGGUGGGGGGGGGGGGGGGAGGGGGAGGAGAAGGAGGAGGAGCAGGGGGGGAGCAAAGUCUUCCGUACGAUCGGAAUGGCGGGAGAGUCGUGUUGUCCUCUUAUCCUCCUCUUCCUCCUCCUCCUUCUGGCGCUGAAUUGGCUCGUGACAACCCUAUCUACUACGCUGAAGCAUCUGUAUCAUCAACCUCCUAUGAUCCGACUGCUCCUCCUCUUCCCGCGCAGUCUUCUCCUGCCGAUUGCGCCGAUACCAUGCCCCCUCUUCCACUGAGCAUGUACGGGGGAGGAAGGGAAAUGGGAGGUGGUGAUGGGGAGAUGGGAGUCGGGGUUGGGGAGGGGGAAAGGGCCGUCGGCGCUUACUGCCACGUAUCGUCAUCGACGAUGUCGAGUGCCUUCGUAGCGGCGGAGUCAGCUGGCAUACCUCCUCCUCAUCCGUCUGCGUAUAAUGAGUCGGGACACGAUGGGUCUGUGUACCUUGCCUCAUCUGCCUCUGCUCUCCCUGUUGAUCAUCAGGAAUGUUACCCGGGCAGUAUCUGCUACCCGGGGAUUGGAAGGGGGGGAGUAAUGGAUGGGAGAGGAGGUGUUGGUGGGGAGGACUAUUUGAGUGGAGGGGGGCGGUUGGGGGGGGGGGCAUUCUCAGCGGCGCAGGACACGUACCCGCCACCAGAGAGCGUCUCAUUGUCAGCUGUAUAUGAGCAGGACCAGGGGGGACGAACCUACACGGAGUCCGGAAUGGAACUGCCACCUGGCGACGAGUUUUGGGACACAAGGGUGGGGCAGGGAAUGGGAUUGGGGAUGCCAGAUGAUCCUUCCACCAGCACGCGACACGUGGAUGACGUUGAGAGGGCCAUUCAUGGGAUCUCACAAGUCUCAGCCACCCAACCUCCCAUGGCCCUCCCGCCUAAUGAUGAUCAGCCCCUGGGUAUUCCGUCUCCUUCGCCCGGCGAAUGGGCUCAACACGUGGCAGCACCCAGUGCGCCCUCCGAAUGGACUCAACACGUGACAUCCUCUGGUGCUCCCGCCGUCGAAUGGGCUCAACACGUGGCAUCCUCUGGUGAGGAGCAUUGGGUGCAUCGCGUGGUGGCCGAUACGGCAUUGCUAGAUUACGCGGGAGAGGAGCGCGCGCCGGGUGAGAGUGUUUCUGCAGCUUUGUCGUCUUCUGCUCUGCCUCCUGGGUAUGGUGCUGGAACGGAUUUGGUUGGGGAGGGGAGGGGGAGGACGAUCUCAGACUCAUCCAGUAUCCUACACGUGGACAACGCUAAGGGAGCGAUUGAGCGGUAUGAUGGUGAACAUCCUACUGCAGCUGACAUUGAUUCUGGGGACGAGAUGGAUGAGGAUUUCGAUGACGAGCCAGUGUUCGAGAUGACUGCGGAGUGGGCGGAAAGGUUUGCGAGAACGGAGUUGCGUCGCCGGGAACGGAACAUGCAGAGAAAGCAAGCUCUUGCAGCACAGAGAGCAGCAGAGGCCGAGUCUGCGAGCAGCAGUGGACAGAGGAGAAAAAACGUAUCCCCAGGUGAUGCCGCAAAUACCACUGGCAGUCUUGGCAAAGAUGGAGGCCAGCAAGGGACUGUGAGGGCACUAGCCACGCCGGAUAACAUAUGGGGAGAUUGGGAAUGGAGAGAGUCUGUCCAGGACGACCAGGAAAAUAUUAAGAAGUUGGAAAAGUCAGUGACGCUGAGCUUGGCUGUGGAUGCGCAGUCGAAGUCCAAGGCUGCGGAGAAAGCUGCAGAGGCUGCAUGCACUCUUACCAUGAGCAAAGAAUUGGCUAGUGCACCGCCAGAUGCGAAGGACUCGGUAUCUGACAGCAAACAGAGUAGUGAGACCGUUGAGGAACCAGGAUCUCCAGCGGAUCGAACAAGCGUGUCCAGGGAUGGAGGAGCUCUGACGAAGGAGCGGACCGUGUCAGGUGAAAGUUUGACUGAUGACUCGUGUGAGAAAUCUGAGAAGAAGAAGGAUUGCACUGGUGAUGCAUCGAAUGUGAAGGAGGUUUGCAUUGCAACUAUCUCAACUACUUUGACAGAUAAAGAUCAGAUCCCACCACCACCUGAUAGAGAUCCAGGCGCUCCUGCAUCAGCUCCAGUUAUUCCAACAGGCAUGAUCGAUAAUUCAACAUACGAAGCCGGCCAGUUGACGAUAGGCGAAACUGAGGCUCAGGAAAAGUUGGCAAGCCUGACUUUGGAUGAUGACGGCACCAGUCACUUCAUGGACAAGAAGGUUGACAGUGAUGGUGCCGGAGGGAGCAACAGGGACGAAUGCCCUGGCGAUGUUCUGCACAAAGAUGUACAAUGCAUGGAGGAGCAGGGAUGUGUGGAAAAGUGCCCUGUAAACUCUGGAUCUUCUUGAUCUUCUUGAUGACAUUGCUGGUCACUUCACCGACAAGAAGGUUGAUGGUGAUGGCAGUGGAGUGAGCAAGAAGGCGGUCAUGGCGACAUUAUGUGCAAUGCAUGAGGAAGCAAGGUUGAUGACAGUGCUGGUCACUUCGUCGACAACAAAGGUUAUGGCUGUGGAGUGAGCGAGAGGGCGGCUGUGAUGAUAAGGAGCAGUGAUGUGUUGAGAAGUGCCCUGUAAACUCUGGAUCUUGUUGAAGUCUCGCGCAGGUUGGUCUGCUGCCUGGUCUGGUGGUUGCGCGCUGGUUCAAAUUUGCAGUGCAUAGUUCCUCUGCAUGGCACAUGCAAUCUGCCAGUUCUAAGUUUGGUUAUGGACUCGAGCGGCGGGAAGCUCUGGCUUCCAGCUCCGGAGACGGAAUGUUUCCACGAGUGAUAGCGUUAAUCAAUCAAUCGAUCGAUCAAUCAAUCAUUGCUUCAAAGUUCACUAUGAGCUGAAGAAUAUAUUGGGAAGGUAAUUGCAGGGCGCACCUCCAACAAGUUGAAGAGAAAAUGUCUGCAUGGGUAAACUCUUUACAUGGGGAAACUCUUAACCUUAAGCCCGCAAAAGUUAGUUGUAAGCUGAACAAGAUCACAUGAAGAUCAGAUGAAGAUAGUAAGAUGAACUGAUCCUUGACUCAUGAAAAAAAAAAGGGAAGUCCGCAUGUCUGAAAUCUUAUCGUUAGACCCCUUGAAAGUUAGUACCGAAGGAGAUGACAUGACGAUAGCAAGAUGAACUGCUCUUUGACUCGCCGAACAAGGAAGGCUGUGGUUUUGAGGCAGGAGUGGGUAACUGUGGGCUAUUUAGUUGAAGAAUGCUUUACGUCAGGUCUUGAAUACCUGAAACACGUGUGAUUUAGUUGAUGGUCACGCUAAGUAAAGGACUUGACGUAAGUUUGAUUAAUGCACCAGAGUUUGAAGGCCACGCUCAGUAAAGGACUUGAUGACGUUGACGUAAGUUUGACUAAUACCCUAGAUUUUGAACUGAGCGGUUAAGCCAGGAUGAACCACUUUGUUGAUCGCUCGUUGAUGUCAUUCGCGUGGUGAUACAAAGCUACCAACGCUGCUUCGUGAAAGAAGUCUGAGGCGUGAGGAAGCCCCUGAACAGACUGUGACAGUUCGUCCACUGAUACUUCAUAGGGCUGUAGGAUAAGUCGGCUCCACACCGACUGUCCUCCGUGGAACAGUCUGAUCAGUCGGGAAACCCCUGAGCGCAGUACUAUUUGUGCAGGCAGCUGAGGCAGGAGAUACUAGUAUCUGGACUUGUUAACUUGGUAAUGGGAACAGCACCAGUGGAUUGGAUUGUAGCCAUAUGUAUGUAAAUGGAUUUGGAUGAGGAAGUUAAUAGAUGUGCUGUGAAGUUUGGGUUCCUGAUAUGCGGAUGAUGUGAGGGUUCAAGGGUUAGGGUGGGGUGACAAGAGAGUACCAAGGUGCCAUGGCUGGAUGGCUGUGUCCAGUGUUGUUCUGCUAUUGCUCAGAGCAGAACUGUAGACGUAGAUCAGAGAGUAGAGAGGUUAGUAUGGGGUUUGCUGGCAUUCUUGCAAUGCUCAGGAGACUGUAGAAGACUGUGGAGGCUGUGUGUUCGGUCUCCUUUGGGAUCACUGGUGUAGUCGAAGCACAGAUGAGGGCUGCUUCUGUGCUUAGGAUUGUGUAAACCUGCUGUGUUUGCAGGUUUGAAGUAUAUUUCUGGAGGUGUCCUUCAUCAGUGCAUAGUUGGACCCAAGUUGGUACAAACAGUUUGUGCAGACAUGGCGCACAUCUGGUAGAAACCUGGUACACACAGUUGGAACAAAGGCGGGGCAGCAAAGUUGUGCAAAGGAGGCGUUUCCAAGGUAGCCUUGUGGCAAUUUCGCUCCUUGGGACCAGGGGAACAAGAACUUGUACGAAGUUAUUGGUGGUGGUGCACUGUUGAUACUCGAUGAGGAUGCGUGCAGAGUGGGAGCGAAGCUGUGACGAACUUGGUGCGAAGUCGGUCGAACGAGAGUCUGUGCAGACAUGGCGCAGAGGUGGUAAAAAGCUGGUGCAAUGUUGGUACAAAGGCGGGGCAGCAAAGUUGGUGCAAAGGAGGCGUUCCCAAGGUAGCCUUGUGGCAAUUUCGCUCCUUGGGACCAGGGGAACAAGAACUUAUACAAAGUUAUUGGUGGUGGUGCACUGUUGAUACUCGAUGAGGAUGGGUGCAGAGUGGGAGUGAAGCUGUGACGAACUUGGUGCGAAGUCGGUCGAACGAGAGUCUGUGCAGACAUGGCGCACGGGUGGUACAAAGCGGGUGCAACGUCGGUUCAAAGGCUGGGCAAAGUUGGUUGAAAGGCUUUGUCUCAAGGUUGCCUUGGGCCAGUUUCAGUCCUUGGGACUAGGGGAACCGGGUGCAAGGUCGAACAUGGGCGUGGUGAACUGUUAUUACAAGCAUCUCUCUCAUAGUUAUUUUGCAGUUGGGCCAAGCUUGUAUGUAGGCUCAGCUUCAGAGCCGUCACAACGUGAGUGCGAAGCUCUUGUUGAAGUUGGCGCAAGGUUGGCACGCAAUGGAUGGUUGGUAUGGUAGUCGAGAAGGUGCAUGCGACUGUGAAUCUGUGAGUCUUCUCUGAGCUGUUACGGAGGAUUCCGGACCUCUAUCGCCCUUGCUGUGACUUCUAUUUCCAUCAAGCAAACUUGUUUCUCAAUUCUUCGCCGCUCGUCAAGCACAGCUGGAUCUUCCACUGUUGCUUCAUUGGCCCUCGACCGCUGUCCAUCCACCCAUCGCUCUUGAUAUCAGGACUGGCCAUUGUACCUUCGCGUCCUUGCCCUUCAUCCUUGAUGAACUUGGUUUCUUUGGAGAAGGCAACUUCUUUCUUCUCCCUUCUUUCAUUGUUGAUUGCAAGGAAAUUUUCAUUUUUGCAGACAGAACAAACCCCUUUUGGGGGCUUAUCUGGUGGGCACAAUCCUCAGAAUGGUGCAAGGGAAAUUUUGCCCCCAGAUAGCAUCAUAAGCAGUUCAAAUGACCUUUCUUGUAUCGGCGGAUCUGGUGGGUGCAAUCCUCGCCCUCGGGUAUAAUGAGGCAUCACAAGUAUUGCGCACGGUGUGGAUUUGCCGUGAUCAGGAGAACGAGUCAUCUGGCUCAGUAACCUCGCACACGUACAGGUGCAGGUACAGAAUCUACAGAUACAGAUGAAAGCAAAAUGCAUGUUUUUGGCUAGAGGAGCGGAAGGAACAGACAUAGGAGCACAGUACCUGGAGAUGUUGUCAGUAUGCGAGAAAAGCGUAAGCGUGGAGAUGCACCUGCAAUGAGGAGUGCGGCAUGAUGUAGAGAAGGAGAGGAUAGGGUUUUCCAAUCAUCAUGUGUAAAGUAGAGAAGGGGUCAGCGCAUCAUCCAGAGACGACUUUCAGAUAACCUAUUUGGUACACAUGGAGGAAUGUUUGUCAUUAAAUUGAUUUUCUGAAAACUCUGCAAAUGAUGAUCACAGUGUUGUGACAGAUACGUAGUGCGAAGAUGCUUUUUUUGACGCGUGCACACGGAUCCUUGGAGUCUCCAGGGCUGAGGUUGCUGGACACGCAUCCUUGGAGUCUCUGGCGCCGAGGUCGCAGGAACUGGGCUUCUGACUUCUGAGGAAUUGCAACAGAACAGAGGUACGAAGACGAGAUGGAAGUUUGAACGCGGGUCCUGGCUGGGGCUGAGGUUGCUGGAAAUGGGCUUCUGACGUCUGGGGCUCUGAAGGCCACCCCUGGUCGCACUGCGUUGCCGAGGUGUGUAAGGCGUCCGCAAUUUGCCAUCA